AUGGCUAGUGAGUUCAGACCUUUUUAGUUCAUCAUACAUGCUAUGUCCGACGCUGACCUGAACCUUCGGGCUUUGCAGACCCAUUCAGUGAUCGUGGCGCGCUAGACGCUAACCCUUUCGCGGACCCCGCGGUCCAGGGCGCCCUUUCGAGUGGGCAGAGGACAUUCGAGCCGGAUGAGCCGUAUAACUACGGUGGUGGUGGAGCUUCAGUAUCUACGCCAAAGUCGGCAUUCGACGAUGAUGCGCCAGAGUACCCAUCUAGCGCUGCUAGAGGUACAGGCGGCGGGCAGAGCUCCGCCCAAAUGGAGGAGAUUCGGAGAAGGGAGGAGGCUCUUGCUCGAAGGGAGGCUGAAUUGGAACAGCGUGCAGAGACUAUCAGAAAGGUUGGCAGGAAUAAUUGGCCCUUCUGUGAGUAAUGUAGGGUGGCACAAAGGGAUUCGAAGUUGGAUGAGCGGGAGUCGCAUUCGGCAAGCCGUGUCCGUAAAUCGUGAGGGGCCUGUCCAGCAGCAUCAACCACUUUUCUCAAACAGAGCACGCGCUUGACCACCUUGCUGGUGUCUUUGUUGUGGCGUUCCAUGGGCGCUAACCAGAGCUGGAAGUUGUGAGAAUGAGGGGUGUUCCAGUGGUUCUUGGGGGUCGCUAUGAAUACCUACCACGCGGCGUUUCUGCCGCUUUCUAUUCGCGGCUGAUCAGAUACCGAUCUCGAUCCUGCAUGCGUGCACCCUGUAGUCUUCCCAUUGAUUUAUCACGACAUCUCAUCCGAGAUCCCUCCUGCCAGCCAGCAGGUCGUGACGCACCUAUACUGGCUAUGGCUAUUGCUGCUGGCAACUUUGAUUGUAAAUGUGAGUCAUGACGGCCUGCUGGGUAGGCUCGCAACUGAUACACGUCUUGUCUGCUCGAGAUCUAGGUGGUCGCAUGCGUAUUCUUGAUCGGCCGCGGUGCGGAUGGCAUCAAGGAUAUCAUCACGUCAGCAAUCUACCUUCCUGUGAUUGGAGUGCUCAGCUUCUUGACAUGGUACAGGCCGAUUUACAACGGUUUCAUGAAAGAACACUCCAUCUUCUAUUGUGAGUAGAGUGCUGCAUUACUGGUCACGCGCUGUCACUGCUCACCGAGCUUGCUUCCGCCGCAUCAUUGAUGUCUGCUAUUCAGACUUGUACUUUGUGUGAGUACAGCGCGCAGAGACGGCGAACGACGCGAAAAGUAAUGCUGACCCAACAUUCUCGUCUGCCAACAGCUUGUGGGUUUUAUUUGGCAUCCUUGUCCCACGCAUUGGUUGCUAACGAUUCACAUUUCCAAUGUUCGCGGUCUGCCAGCUGUGGCUUUCAUCGUGAGUAGGCCUUUGGCGACAAGGCUGAUGCUCCAGGAAGGCGACUGAUGUCUCUCUCCUCCUCCACGCCGCAGUGGUCUUCUCCUUGUACCUUGUCCUAGGCAUUCCUGCCACUGGUUCUGCAGGCUUGAUGAACACCAUUUACUCCUUCACUGACGACAAUCACAGGAGCAGUGCGUGUCCGCUCGAAAUAUAUCCCAGCAUAGGAGUUCUCGCUAAUAUUUGCCUUUCCAUUUGGUCCUCAUCAAGUUGUGGCGGGCAUCCUCGGUAUCAGUGAGUAAAGCCAACUAAAGGGUUCGGUCUGACUAGUCUACUGACCUCGAUGCGCCUCUAUACGCAGUCGUCACGAUUGGUUUCGCCGCUCAGGGUCUGGGUAAUUUGUGGUACUAUCGCCUCAUCUGGAAGCACAACAAAGAGCGUGAGUGUGGUGCUCGCCUUUGUUGGUCCAGCUUUGAUCUCGCUGAUAGCAUCCUGAAUCCGAUACAGAGGGCCAUACUUUCGCGCAAGCAAAGUCCGAGUUCGCAACGCAUGGAGCAAAAGCUUACUUUUCGCGUGGCAACAACGUCUGA